AUGCGCAACUUUGAAGAUCUGGAAGACACCAAGGUCCGCUCGAACGGCAUCGAGCUAUGGGUUGCAUUGACCUCACAUCAGGUCUCUUUGUUGGACUCAGAAGAGGGAGCACCUCCUGAUCCAUACUCCAAUCGCUACGGCCUACGCCGCCGAGCCGCCGAAGCUUUGGAACGUGCUCAUUGUUUCAUGCAGUGGCGCCCGGACGGAGAGAGUCGACCAUCGCUCUCUCACAAAGACUUCACCCUGUGCAAGAUCAAUAUCACCGCCGAGGGCUACUUAUUCCUCUGUGAAACAGGCCAAAUGUAUUCAAGUAAGCCAGGCGAAUGGCGGCUCUUGGGCAAUCUCCGAUCUCGCUUGAAUGCAGAGGUUGUGCAGGAGGAGCCUCCAAUCCUCGUCUACGAACUGAGCCCUGAGAUGCAUCGGAUCUGCUAG